GUGUACCUUCUGCAUACCUUCUGUGACAACCCUGAUGUGUGCAACUGACUUGCAGAAACCCAGCAGCUCCGGGACUAGUGAUUGACGUGAUGGAAUGGCUCUGGACUGAAUGAACAGAUAAGGAGGAAGACCAGGUUGGAUCCUGGGAGAAUCUCAGCCUCCAGAAGGAGCAACUUGGCUGCUUACCCUCCUAUGCUGGGAGCUAGAGAGAUUUAACACCACUACAGAUGGCUGCCAGCAGCCUGGCACUGGGACUGUGGCUCUUGCUGCUUCUCCAGGAUAUCCAAACCUUACCACAGACAUCAUUAACCCCUUCUCGUUCCUGUGAUACACUUCAGAACUGGUUCUAUGAUGAAACUUCGCGAAGCUGCUGUUACCGGUGUCCCUCAGGCUCUGUUAAAAAGAGAGCAUGUCCUAGAGACUCGGCUGAAGACUGCAUGAGGUGUGGGCCUGAGCAGUAUGUGGAUGAAACAUCCGCAAAGCCACAAUGUCACGCUUGCGUAUCCUGUGCAGAACCUGAGCUUGUGGAGAAAAAGCCCUGCUCCUUCAAUGCCAGCCGCGUCUGCGAGUGCCGGCCUGGCCUCUUCUGCCAGACAUCUGUGGAGUACAGCUGCUCGCGAUGCCAGAAGCACACUGUUUGCAAGCCUGGUUUUGGAGUCAAAGUCAGAGGCACCUCAAUGAAUGAUGUCACUUGUGAAAAGUGUCCUUCUGGGACCUUCUCUGAUCAAAACUCCAGCACUGACACCUGCAAGCCCCACACAAACUGUGCCGAGUUAAACAAAGUAGCACUAAGUGAAGGAAAUGCCACACAUGAUCGGGUUUGCAUGGACCUCACCCCAAGCACUUUGCCCAUGAGAUUCAGCAAUGACACCAGUAACUCUGACCUGCAGCGGUUUAAGGAGAGUCUGGUGACCACUGUUAGUAUCCUUUUAAGUGCCACAGGAACUGAAAAUCCCAGUUCAACUCCUGAGGAGAAAGCUCUGGCUAGCACUUUUCCCACUUCAGCCAAGGGGGAGACAACCACAGCAGGUCCAGUUCUGUGGGCAGUGGUUCUCCCCGUGGUAGUGCUGCUUGUGGCCAUGCUGUUACUCAGGAAAUGGAAGGUCUGCAAGAAGCUCAUCCGCAAAGCAAAGAGUUCAGAUCUGGUGACCAAGCAUACAGAAAUUACAACUGCUGACAGAGGGCCAGAAGGGGAGGCGUUAAUUGACAGAACCCUGCCUUUGGAAACCAACAACAACUUGGUCUCCAGCACAGAGAAAGCAUGUAGUCCUGAUCUGAGUCUGGUUGAUGUGACCCAGAGCAGUGGAAGUGCCCCAGACUGCCCAACCAAUUCUCCAGUGAGAGACCACACAAACAACAGAAUUGAGAACUUGUACAUCUUGAAGGCCAACACUGUUAUUGUGGGGUCCACUUCAGGCAAGAACUGUGCUGCUGGGGGAUGUGAAAGCAGUGUUGAUGGCCGGGAAAAAAUGGAAGAGGUACUGGAAAUGCACUAUCCAGAGCAGGAAACAGAGUGCUUCCCAGGGAAUGAUGUGAUGGUUCCCGUGGAAGAGGAGGGAAAGGAAUUUCAUCACCCCACCACUGCCACUGAGAAGUGAUAACCCACUGAAGAGGUGUGUGAAACUACAGAAACAUCCAGUGUGACACUAAGGCUGAAUCCAUGACAAGAGAGGUGGACACAGUGACCUAGGUUAUCUGAAAACUCCUAGAAAACACCGACACACAUUUAAAGAAGCAGUGCUGGAACCUAGCUCAUCUGACAAAUGAGAGGACUGUCUGAACCCUUGGCCUUAAUAGCUGACAUCAACUAUAUCUCUUUCCCUCUGUCUCCUGGUGUCACACCGAAAACUAUUUAAAAUCAAAUUAGACAAUUUGGAGGACAUCUGGAUGCCGAGUCAGCCCUCCCAGCUUGCUUUCUCUGUGUGAAGGAAUGAAUUAAAUACUCUGAAUACUGCUAUUAGAGGUGAAAAUUCUGGUCAGAGUUCUAAGCUUGAGACUCAGCCUCCUUUCAUACGCUGUUUCUAUGCCAGUAUCAGAAACACUGCCAUUUUUGUCGUACCAUUGCAACGAAUGGUAUUUUUCUUCAGGCCUCAACUCCUGACUGAAAAUUAUGACAAUGUCACUUUUCCCUAACACAGGCAGAACUCUCAAGUUUGCAGACUUUGUGUUCUUGAGGAAAUAGGAUGCAAAGGUGCCAUGCAGACUCAGAAAACUGAACUAAAACUAACUGAAUUCCACUGUGCUUCAGGCCAUUCUUUCUAUGUUUUGAAGUCUGACUCAUGGCUUUUGGCUACUUCAGAUCAUCAGCAAGUUCAGAAAAUGGUUUCUUCCGCUGGAACUGGCUGAACAUUUGGGUAUCAGAUGAACUUCUGUCUUAGACCAGCGUGGAGUCUGUCAAAAGGGAAAAGAAGAAAACAAAUGAGUUUUCUUCAAGAAGGAAGGAUGAAAACCAGGCACAGCAGUUAUUUCUUACAACGUCAUUAAUAUCUGCUUGUUUUAGAGUGACUAAUAACCAUCAGGGUGACACUGAUUUGCAUAGCCAGGCUUUAAAAGAAAUCUUUUUGUCGUCAGCUGGCUUAUGUUAUGCUACUCGUGAGUCUUUCAUGUUGCUAACUGUACAUUUAAUAGUGCUGACUAUAUUUUUGCACAGGACAAUGGAAACGAGCAAGAUGAUGAAGUGUGUCUUAGUAGCCAAAAAAAGGAACCACAAACCCAAUGACUUGCUCUGUAGUUUUACCCUGGACAGAAUCUUGUACUGGCAGCAGUGCGAGCCCAGUGGCUUUUGCCUUUGAACAUACAGAAAGGCAUAACAAAAGGGUAUAAACCCCAUCUUCUUGGGCCAGACUGGUAAUAUGAGCCCAGCGUUUCAUCUCUGACAGUCACAGCAGGAGAUGUUACUUAGGAAGAGCACUCUGAGCCUGGUUAAUGUCUGCCAUUUGCAUACCUCAUGAUUGGAUUAAGGAUGUUAAAGAGUUUGUCCCAGCAUUGAGUAUUCAUCCAAUCCAUACUAGCAUGAUUUUUUCUUAAGCCUUUUGAAUUUCCUCCAUAAACACUUCAUGUAAUUUUCUCUGUAAGCAACAGGUUACAGUGACCAUUCACUGGCUAAAGAAGAACUUUUACCAGUUUGAAAGUGACCUCUUACCUCGGUGAGUGCUCCGAGUUCUGUAUUUCAGAAUUCAGUGCAAUACCGAGUUGCUUUUGCAGUUCUUGAUUGCAUCCUCCUCAGCCUCCAAGCUGAGUUCCCACCUUUUUGCAUUUCUCAUGUAAGUUAGGUGCUUCACCUCCUUGAUUACUUUGAUAGUCCUUUUCCACAUCUCUGGCUUCACUGCUUUCUUCUGGACAUCUGGAGGCCAGGAUCAUGCACUGUCCUGAAGCAGGCUGAAGUUUUGAAUAGUGGCAAAAUGAUGCUUUCCCUUUUGCUCU